AUGUAUUGCCAUCCGAGUUCACGGGCUGGGCUGGCUGGCUGGCAAGGGCUUGUUCUAGACACCCGCGCGCGCCAAGUUGCUCCCGCUCGCCCUUCGCUUGUUUGUGUUCAUCUCCAACGAGCAAAUUCUCACGCAGCGUUACACUGCACUUGGAGCGCAAGCCCCUUGAAGAUGUAUGUCGAUGACAGCGCCCGGCUCCGAGCAGAAAGCCAUGGUCUUGGUUGUGGAUUAGCCCUCGUGGUAAGAAUUAGACGUGUUUUGUACGGAGCAGCGCCUCUUCACCCAGUGUCGUGGCCGCCGACCGCUCGUCCUUUUUUACCAAAGGUUAAUAUUGAGCAAGGUGCUUUCUGGCUUGCUGAGCGUUACUCUGCGACAUCCCACGGGUGCAACGCUGGUACUCAGAACGUGCACUGCUGUGUCAUACCGCUCCGCCUCUGCGAGCAAUCUAUGCAGAAUUGCUAUGUGUAUGGAGUCAAAUGGCCUACCCCCUUCUGUUCGAGCCGAGGGGGUUUCAUGAAACUCCAAAGGGACUGGGACUUUCUCCCCCUUCCCGAGGAAAUACCCCAAAAGACCGCCCGAAGUUUGAGUGUGUCAACCCCGGAUUGGUCUUGGUCCACUCUGGCGGGGUUGUCGUUGUUUCAGUGUUUCAACUCUACCAACUUGAAAGGGCCAGUCACGACUGCUAUUCAUUCCAGGCGGCCUGGUCCGUCCACGUUCCUCCUUAACAGGCCUGGGUAG